AUGCCCCCUCAAGGGGGCUUGGUACUCUGCUGGCUUUCUUUUUUUCUCAAAAACCCUCUGAGCAUUUCUGAAAUUGUUAUCAGUGAUCGCAUUUCUCUGUGCCAACAGAAGUGCAACUGUGAUCUAUUUGAUUCUCUGGUGGAAUUGAUUUUCUUUCUAACUUUUUUUUUUCUUUAUUUUCUUGUCACUUUGCUACUUACAUUAACUUCACUCUUUUUCUUUUAUUUUUGUAUUUUUCUUUAUUCCAUUCUCGUAUUUCCCACCUUUUCUAAAACCUUGUAUCUUUUUACCUCAUUCCCUUUUUAUCUCUCUCUCUCUCUCUCUCUCUCUCUCUCUCUCUCUUCACCAGAAUAUUUUAUUGUAUCAUUUUCUUUCUUCUUUUUCAUUCAUCAUUCUUUCAUCUGUUUCUCUUUUUUUGCUCCUUCCCAUUUCUUUAUCAUUUCCAUUUGUUUCUUUUUUGUUUUCUUUGUUAUACUUGUUCCAGCUUUCUCAAAACUUCUUCUUUUUCCUUUCCUCAUUACAUUUUUAUAUCUUCUAAUCUUCUUUCCUUUUGUUUUUCUAUAUUUUAUUUUAUUCACCUCUAUCUCUUUUUCUACUUUCUUUCACCUGUUAAUUAUUCCUUCUUUACUGGUAUAA